UUAGUUCACCAUCCUGGUGGAUCUUAUUUUGAUCCUAGUAAAGAUUUGGCUGAUUUAACUAAAAAUAUUCAAAAACUGUUAGGUAAUAGACACCCUUUUUUGAACACUGUUAGUAAAUAUUAUUUCAAAUCUGAAGGAAAACGUAUAAGACCUUUACUUGUACUAUUGAUGUCUCAAGCGACAAGCAUUGCAGAAAAACAAUAUAAUACAAGUGCAACUGAUUUUUAUGAAAUAACAGAUAAACCCUUAACAACUCAUAAUGAUACAAUAUCUUGUAAAGAUUCUAUUUAUUAUCCAUCAUUUUCAUCAUCUGGGAUGUUUAUUCUUCCCACACAACGCCGCUUAGCAGAAAUUACUGAAAUGAUACAUACGGCAUCUUUACUUCAUGAUGAUGUUAUAGACAAUUCACAGAUACGUCGUAACGAUAUUUCUGCAAAUUCCAACUUUGGGAAUAAAAUGACAAUUCUUGCUGGUGAUUUUCUUCUUGCUCGCGCUUCUAUUGCUUUAGCACGUUUAAGAAAUCCAGAGGUCAUAGAAUUAAUAGCCACGGUUAUUGCUAACCUUGUUGAAGGAGAAUUUAUGCAACUUAAAAAUGUUCAAGAAAAUAGUAAUAUGACAGUGUUUGAAUAUUACAUGGAAAAAACAUAUAUGAAGACAGCGAGUUUAAUGGCAAAAAGUUGCCAAGCUGCAUCAGUAUUAGGUGGUGCUACCUUAGAAGUUUGUGACAUUGCUUAUACAUAUGGUCGUAAUUUAGGACUAGCUUUUCAGUUGGUAGAUGACAUGUUGGAUUUUUUGACCACAUCUAACGAAUUGGGAAAACCGAUAGGUGCGGAUUUAAAAUUGGGUUUAGCCACAGCACCAGUAUUAUAUGCUUGGAAUGAAUAUCCUGAAUUGGGUCCAUUAAUCAAACGAAAUUUUUCUCAAGAUGGUGAUGUCGAAAAGGCUCGAGGAUUGGUUUACGAGAGUAAUGGAAUUGAACAAACAAAACUUUUAGCCACAUCACAUUGUCAAAAAGCCAUCGAUGCUAUAACACGAUUACCAAAAUCUGAUGCGCGUAAUGCAUUAAUUGAGCUUACACAAAAG